GAGAAAUGACAGCCGCCACUGGCUUUACCCCUUUCUGCACCCUAGCUCUAUAAACACAGUACAGGGCUUUGCAUGCCGACUCCGAGUACGGUACCGGUACCGUAUACCGGUAGCGCAAGUUCCGGUACGUUGUAGCACAUCGUUUGAUGUCAAUGGCAGGGAUUGUUACUAGUCACUAGAACUAGAAGUUUAGUUCAGUCCAGUAAGAUAAACAUGGCGGAAAGACCGAACGAGGGCGCCUUCAAAAAUUCUCAGGGAUUGAGUUUGCACUGUAGGUACUGGUAUCCAGAAAAUCAAGACGUGAGAGCCCUUGUGCAUAUUAUUCAUGGAUUAGGUGAACACAUUGGACGUUAUAAUGCUAUUGCAUCAUCUUUCACAAAGCUGGGAUGUGCAGUCUAUGCACAUGAUAAUGUUGGCCAUGGACGCAGUGAUGGGGUGAGAGUUGAUGUGGAAGAUUUCCAGCAAUAUAUCAGAGACUGUCUCCAACACACAGACAUAAUGACAGAAAAAUACCCCAACCUUCCUGUUAUAGUUUUUGGUCAUUCUAUGGGAGGUACAAUUGCAAUUUUGAUGAUGAACUCACACUCAAGUCGAUUUGCUGGAGCUAUAUUUGGAUCCCCUGGCAUAGCACCAUCACAAGCUACACCCUUCUUGAUGUUGAUGGCAAGGGGAGUUGCUGCCCUAUGCCCCCAAAUGUCAGUUGGUAAAUUAGUUGUAACAGACAUCAGCAGAGAUCCAGCUGUGGUUGAAGACUAUGUGAAGGAUCCAUUGGUGUGGCAUGGUGGGGUCAAGGCACGAUGGGCAGUCAAUAUGUAUGAUGCAUGCAUGAAGAUACAGGCUGAAUGUGGAGAGAAAGCUAACUAUCCAUUCCUUCUACAACAUGGCUCCAAGGAUAAUCUCUGUGAUAUCAAAGGAUCAGAUCUUUUCUUUGAGAGGUCCAAAAGUCAGAAUAAAGUCUACAAGAUAUAUGAAGGCUACUUCCAUGAAUUGGACAAGGAACCAGAGGGAGAGAGAGAAGUCGUCUUCAAGGAUUUAGAGGAGUGGACCAGUAAUUUCCUUGAGAGAUUAGAGGGAUCAAAUGUUGAUGAUCCAACCAGAAAGGUCAAUCCAGAUGAUGUAGACUUGAAAACAUGAUGGGCUUGUGUCAAGGGGAUAAAUUGCUUGACCAACAGAUAUGGCGGUUGUUUCACGAAGUGACUUGUCAGAUAUUUUCAUGAGAACUGUUGUAAAGGCCAUCGCACACCUUACAAUUGGUCUGCGACCAGAUUUUGGAAUAAGACGUAGUAGAAUUUGAUGCUAAUAUUGAGACAUGGAAUAUGUCACUCUGUAAUGAUCUAAAUCAUUGUAUGAAUGCCUAUGUUCAAAUCUGUGACUAUUCUCUAAUCCUUAUUAGAAUAAAUAAAAAAUCUAGUCACAAUGACGUCAGCAAUCGUAAGAUUGACUACGAUUUGAAACUAAUUUGGACUUUACUUCAAAAUAUAGUCUUGCAAUCAUCCAAAAUUGUUAAAUUAGUAUUCUUACAGAUAAUUUGAACAUCAAAUAAAAAGAUACAUUUCUGUCGCAUUUUCAGAAAAUAUGCUAAAUGCGAUUUGUUCCAAAAUCAGAUUGUGGACCAGUCAUAAGGUGUGGGGUGGCCUUAAAACACUGAAACCCAUGCAUCUUAUGGGCUGAAAUCAAUUUAUCAGUGAAAUCCAUUAACAAGACACUUCUUGAAAUCCUCUCUUCUGUCUGAUUACUGUUUCAAACAAAGCUACUAAAAAGCUACUAUUUUUUUUUUCAUUAAUAGAAGUUUAUCAUUCAGCAUUACACAGUACACAUGAAUCCCCAUGAUUUUGUUUUUUCUUUUUUACAUUUUAAGAGAUAACAGCAAUUGUUUCAAGAGAGCAAAACAAACUUAUUCUUUCAAAAUAUUUAUUUGCCUUUGUCUUUCCUUUUUAUUUUAGUGUGAGUACUAUAAUUUAUAUAUAUAAGGACUACUUGUAUUGCAUCCACCUUUUAAAUUUGACUUUCAAUAAUGUUGCUGUUAUAGACUAUGAACCCUAAAAAGACUGGGGGAUGGUGGUGAUACAGUCCUCAGUCAUUUUUCAUGAUGGAUUUGGAACAUGAGAUGAUUUUGUUACAUCCUUUCAUGAUAUUUUUUCUUUGCUACACCUUUGUAUGUGGUUCCAAAGUUAUAUAUGAUUUUAUACCUGUAUGAUGGACCAAAAAAUUGUUUAAAAACAUGAUUUCAGGCCAUUUUAAGGUAAAAUUCACAAAUGUAUAAUUGAUUUUAUUUAUUACUGAUCAAAAAUUGUUUUAGGCUUCUAGAGGUCAUGAUAAUAUCAUCAACAAUUUUUUUUUUCCACAAAACAAAAACAAUGUUAAAAAAAAAGGAUUAAAAAUGGAGAUUAGAUCUCAGGCAACAUGUGUGUCAAUUUUCCUUGUGAUAAGUGCAGUCAACAGCCAAGAUGUUUAUUUUUUAUGGGGGCUACCCUUCCAGUCUUUUUAGGGUAAAGACAACUGUUAUACAUUGUAUUGAAUUAUAUGUAUUUUGAAUAUUUUGUAUAACAAACAAAUUCAAAUUAUAUCAGGUUAAAAUUUUUAUUAAAAAAUUUAGACUUAUUUUCAUAUUUAAUUGAUCUUCAUUUAUGUAUAGGGUCCAAGUAUUAAUCCUUCAUUGCACUCUAGAAUUCAUUUAAAUUAUCAAAAUUUCACUAAUUCAAUAUAAUUUUCUUUAUAUAUAUAUACAUGAGUGUAAUAAAUAUUUAUGGUUUGCACAUGCUUUGUAACAUUUUGUAUUCAGUUUUCUUGUCAGCUGAGUGUUUUGGGUACAUUUUGAAAUUUACUAAAUUCAUUUCUUAUGUCAUAUUUCAAAGUAUAUUCUGUAUGAUUGGAGAAUGAUUUUAAUAAUACACAUGAAUCUACCUCAAAUUUUCUGUUUAAAAGAGAAUGUUAGGCAUAUCUCAUUAAUUAUGCUGUAUAUAAUGUUUUUUUAAUUGUCUGUACGUCAGUUUGUUCUUUGUGUUUAUUCCCAUUACUCAUUGAAGAAUCAAUGGAUCAGAAUUUUAGACAAUGGGAGGUAAAAUAAGCAACUCACUUGUUAUUCAGAUUUGGUGCAGGACAGCUCAGCAGCAUUUCUGUUUGUAAUAGAGGAUGUCUCAAAGUGAAUUUGAAAGGUUCUUAAUAAUUCAUCAAAGAAGUGGUGUUUACUGGAAGCUGUUGGGUUGAAAUUAUUAAAAAGUCAGGUAAUCACAUGUCACUGAUCAUUUGGUGUGAAUUCCAGCUCCCAAAAUCAAGGUCAAAGAUAAUUUUUGGUCAAUGAAAUUGUCUAUGUUGUAUUAUCAAAAACUUAACACAAGUAAGAAUUUGAUUUUCAAGAUAACACAAUUUUCUAGAACUUUAUAUAUGUUUUUUUAUGUAUGAACGGUUUUUAUAUAAGUGGAAUUUCAUGUCACUGGACCAAGAUCAAAGGUCAGUUCAGAUCAAGAAAAAAUAAGUAUUUUUUUUAAAGUAUUCGAUCAACACCAACAACAUGAAUAGUAUGUUACCAAAUUUUUUUUGUUGUUGCUUACACUGUAUUCCAUUCGUUUUGAAUAUUUAUUGCCAAGCUCAUUUGCUUAUUUUUGCUUUGCCACAGUUUGUUCUGAUAAAAAAAAAAUCAGAAAAUGUUUAGAAAUAUUUUUGUUAACAUUGUACUUGUUUAUUAAGUGCUUAUCUUGGCAUACAUGCUCUUUGAACACCCUCUUUCAUAUUUUUACUAUAUAAUAGAACUUCAUGCAGUGAGGAAUGGUGUAUUCUAGUCCUGUUACAUAAGACUGUCAAUAAUUGCAACUGCCAUGGAAACCUGAUUUUGAUUGGCUAAUGAGCUUUCAUACCAUGGUAGUUACCAUUAAUAGUAGAUUUCAUGCAAUACAUGUAGGCCUGGGGAGUAUUUCAUCAACAUUAUGUCUGACAAGUUGUCAGAUCUCACAACCUUCCUUGAUGUUGAUUGGCUGAGAAACAAUGUUACUAUUGUAUCUGUAGGAUAAAAUGGGACUUGUUGGAUAAAAAAUCUGACAAAUCCUUUUAUGAAAUGCUCCCCCAGGUUCUUGUGGGAAAUUGGGAAAGAGCAUUAUGUAAAUCUUGUGGAGUUUUUUUUUUUUUUUUUCUCAGAGGCUUGAAAAUACAUUUAUACAUUUUUAAAGAAUAUUUCAAUUGCAUACAUUGAGGUUGAAGUCUGAUAAUGAUAAAUGUGUACUUGUUAAAAUAUUGUUUCCUUGUUUAGCAUCUUGUGGAUAAUUCAUUUAUAUAUAUACUGGUUUAUAUUGUUGGUUUUAACUCUAUAGUAUCAUGUAUCAAGGUAUUUUGGGAACAGAUUAUGGUGUAAUUUUGUAUGUCUUUUUGAAACUACUAUCUUUUUAAUUUUUGAUAAGAAUAAUCAUAUUCUUUUUUUUUUGUAUUGUGCCUAAAACAUUGGAAAAGGGUCUAUCAGCGCUCCUCGGAGUCUGGAUUGCCCACGAACAAUGUAUGGUAUGUAUUUGCUGCACCCUCUGGGGUGAUUUCAAUUGGAGACAUUUCUUCAACCUUGACAAAAAAUAGGAAGGGGGGACAAUUCUGAUAAAUGAUAAGCAAUGCAACUACAUCAGGGUUCCCAUCCCAUCAGGGAAUUCAGGGAAAAUUAUUUUACUUUUUUUCCAGUCAGGAAAAAAUCUGGGAGUUUUAUUUAAAAAAUAUCUCAAAUCAGGGGAAAAUGCCUCAAAUGAGGGAAAAAUUAGGGAAUUUUGAUCAGCGCAAAAGUCGAAAGCAUGGUAGUCAGUCAGACCCUGUUACAUUUUGUUGCAUAUCAUAACAACAUCCAUUGAAUGACUGGUUAUUGUGGUACUAAUUAGUUUUACAUUAUUGUUUUUAUACUGAAAAUACAUGUUAUUCACUGCAACAACUUGCAAAACUGGGUAAGGGUUUGAAUAAUUAUUAGGGAAUUUUUAAACCUCAUCAGGGAAAAAUCAGGGAAUUUUUUUUUCUUGAAAAGCUGGGAACCCUGUACAUGUAUCAUUCUCUUUUAAGAGAUUUAUAAGUGUGCAUAUUAAUUUGCUUUUGGGAAUAACUCCAUUACAUUACAGUAUAUCAGUAAGUUUUAAGUUAAACUCUUUAAUUUGAUAAUUUAUAGUGCAUUUACCAUGCCAUUGAGCACUUUUCAGCAGUUUCAUAUUCUUCUAAAUAUGAAUUUUACAUAUAUGAAUUUGUAUAUAUUGUUAUUCUUUAGUAUACAGUGAAGUAAUUUUCUUGUUGAGUUUUCCGUGUUUCUCAAUGUAAACGCAAUUUAAAUGCCUCACAAUCAAUUUUAUUAAUUUUUGUAAACAGAAGUAGUAAUUUCCUUUUUUUUUCCAUUACCUUUUAACAUAACAAGUUUGAACAAAAUAGUUUGGCUGGAGUGUUUCUCCAUUCAUUUGCAGGAUGACUUGAUGACAUAUAAUCACUCAAGAUGCAUGAUUAAGUAUAUGUUGUCAGAGACAAAUUAUCAUUUUUCAAAACUAACAGGACUUUUAUUAUGCCAAAAUAAGUUUACAACAGCAUGUUAUGCCCUAUUCAUAAAAUAUGUUCAACUGAUGAAAUGGUUAAGACUCUGUUGCUUGAGUAUGUGGGUCCGUUUUGUUAAUAACUAUUGACUCAAAAUUUUUAUGUAAAUUUAAUGGAUUAUACAAAUUGAGAAAUUACACAUCUUGCUUACACAAAAUAUUUCAUAAAUCUGCUUCAAGACUUGCAGUUUAUUGUUUCGGUGAUCAAGAAUUUUUACAAGUUUUACAGUAAAUUGUAUAGUUGCCAAAUUGAUAGAAAAAAUUAUAUACCUAAGCACAAAUUAUAUACCUAAGCACAAUCUUGUUCAUUCUCCAGAGACAACAUGAUUUAAACCCCAUAGCUUAUCAUGUAAGUAGAAUGGAUGACCUUUAUUUAUGCUGAUUCUUGAAAAUGGACUCUGUAAAACUCUGUAAAAUAUUAGAAAUCUCUGGAUGAAAAAAAUUAUAUUUGGAGAAAUGGAAAUUGUAUUCAAACUUUGACAGAAUUGGUGUACCCGAGGAUGAAUUCUAAAUUUGAUAUCCUUGUUGAAUGAAAGGUGAAACUCAAAUAUCUUUUUAAAAGAUAAGUGUGUGGUGUAAAUAUGAGAUUAAUUAUCACAUAAAUAGCUUGUGAGCUAUUGUGAUUAAUUGCCAAUUUUGAUUGUUGUUAUACUUUAAUUUUUAAAUUUAUAUUGCUAAAUUCACAUCAAGUCAUUGGGUACCCAUGCGUUAUGAGCACAUGUAAUUGACAUUGUUUCCAAUAUGAUAAGAAUAUGCGAUUCCUAUUUGUUCAUCUAAAUGAGUAGUAAUUUGAGUAGUAAUAAUGUAUGUAAACAUGUUGGGUGUUAUUUGGGAGCAUUAAAUAAGCAUUAUUAUA